AUGAUUAGUGCGGCUUUCCAAGGGCAACGAGGUGGUGUGGAGAGCACCGUGGCUAGAAGGCACUGCGGAAGGCAGAUUCUUUACCUUCUGAGCCGCCAAAGAAGCCCCGUUGUAUCUAACAAGUGCCGCAGGAUCUGGGGAGAACCAAAGCUGCCUAGAGGGAAGUACAAGAAAGAAGCACAGAUUGGGAAUGAUCUAGCUGGCAUAGAUAUUCUUCAUCAACUAGGCCUUGGAGGCAAAGAUGUAAGACACUCCUCAUCAGUGACCGCUGUACCACCAUCAUCUACACCGUUACCUCAGGGGGUCCAUGUAACAGAAUCGGGUGUCAUUUUAAGAAACAAUUCCUGUAUUGAAUCACCUCUUAGGAAAAUUUUACCAGUCAACUUAGAACAGCCAUUUACAAUAUUAAUUGGGUUACAGUCACACAGAGUAAACAAUGCAUUUCUCUUCAGCAUUAGAAAUAAAAAUAGACUGCAAUUAGGAGUACAGUUAUUACCUAAAAAAUUAGUGGUAUACCUUGGAGGAAAGCAGUCUGUUUUUUUCAACUACAGCGUUCACGAUGAGCGAUGGCACUCAUUUGCCAUUGCUGUUAGCAAUCAAGAUGUCUCAAUGUUUGUUGAAUGUGGAAAGAAAUAUUUUAGCAGAGAGACUCUUUCGGAAGUUCAGACCUUUGAUUCUAACAGUGUGUUUACCUUGGGAAGUAUGAAUAAUAAUUCUGUCCAUUUUGAAGGAGUAGUAUGUCAGUUGGAUAUUAUUCCUUCUGCAGAAGCAUCUGCAAACUAUUGCAGAUAUGUGAAACAGCAGUGUCGCCCUGAGACAAGCCUUCCUCAUACAACUAUUGUAUCAACUAAGAUACCAGAAAACUCUCUCCUGCCCAAAAGAUUGGGUGAAAAAUUACUGUCACAGGACACACUUACUGAAAACAAAAGUGUUCUAGAUUUCACAAAUAAUGAUUCUGUGGCAGUGAAUAAACAACAAGAAAACCAGAUAUCAAGAUCUCAGUUAACUUCUCUUCAUUCACAGAAUGUCUCUGCUAUGGAUCUUGUGAACCAUGUGAUUCAGACCAAAGAAUUGAUCACUGAGCAACUUAUCCAGGCAAAUUUAAGCCUGCCAGUGUCCCAUGGUAGCCUCAAUGAGCCAAGGAAAAAAAACAAGGAUAAAUUUAUUUCUCUUCUAAAUGCGUCGGACAAUAUCACACAACGUAAUGCUAAAGUAGCUGGUCUGUCACCACUUAAGAAGAUAUCAUCCAGUCUUCCACAUAUAAAACAAGAUGCAGUUAAGAAUCUCAAGAAGGCUAUCACAGCAAAUUUGCAUACUAAUGAACUUAUAGAACUGCAGCAUAUUUUAAACACAACCUUAUACAGAGUGACAGAUGAGCCAUCUGUGGAUAAUCACCUUGAUCUAAGGAAGGAAGGUGAAUUUGAUCCUGAUGCUACUUAUCCCAUCGAAAAUAGCUAUGAAACUGAGCUUUAUGAUUAUUAUUAUUAUGAGGAUCUUAAUACGGUGCUCGAAAUGGAGAAUCUAAGAGGGCCAAAAGGGGACACUGGACCUCCUGGUCCCCCUGGCCCGGCAGGCAUCCCAGGUCCAUCAGGAAAGAGAGGUCCACGGGGCAUACCAGGGCCACAUGGGAAUCCUGGGUUACCUGGAUUACCAGGUCCAAAGGGCCCUAAAGGAGAUCCAGGUUUUUCCCCAGAUCAAGCUCUUUCUGGAGAAAAGGGUGAUCCAGGACUUUCUGGAUUAAUGGGGCCCCCUGGUAUGCAAGGUGUUAAGGGUCUCAAGGGGCAUCCAGGACUCCCAGGACUCCAAGGGGAACAAGGAAUUCCAGGUUUCACUGGUAAUAUUGGUUCCCGUGGUUACCCUGGCAGGCAGGGUUUAGCUGGACCAGAUGGUAAUCCAGGACCUAAAGGUGUACGAGGUUUCAUUGGCUCUCCUGGAGAAGUAGGACAAUUGGGACCUGAAGGAGAAAGAGGUGUUCCUGGGAUCCGUGGAAAGAGAGGUCUUAAGGGAAGACAGGGUUUUCCAGGUGACUUUGGAGACAGAGGCCCUGCGGGUCCUGAUGGCAGUCCUGGACUUAUAGGUAGCAUUGGUCCUCCGGGAUUUCCUGGGCUUAGAGGCAGUGUUGGCCCUGUGGGACCAAUUGGACCUUCUGGAAUCCCUGGCCCAAUGGGUCUUUUGGGCAAUAAGGGCCUACCUGGAAUCAAAGGUGAUAAGGGUGAACAAGGCAUUGCAGGAGAGCAAGGAGAAACAGGGUAUACUGGAGACAAGGGUGCUGUGGGUUUUCCUGGACCGCCAGGGAUAAGAGGAAAGCCAGGACCUUCAGGCCAAACAGGUGACCCAGGACUCCAGGGGCCAUCUGGCCCUCCAGGACCAGAGGGUUUUCCUGGAGAUAUUGGGAUUCCUGGACAAAAUGGCCCUGAAGGAUCAAAGGGAUUCAUUGGAAACAGAGGGCCUUCUGGACCUCCUGGUCUCAAAGGAACUCAGGGAGAAGAAGGACCAACUGGAUCCUUUGGAGAACUGGGGCCAAGAGGAAAACCAGGUCCAAAGGGGUAUGCCGGUGAACCAGGACCAGAAGGCUUGAAGGGAGAAGUAGGAGAUCAAGGAAACAUUGGGAAGAUUGGAGAAACAGGACCUCUUGGUUUACCUGGAGAAGUUGGGGUGACUGGAAGCAUUGGUGAAAAGGGAGAGCGUGGAAGUCCAGGUCCAGUAGGUCCCCAGGGGGAAAAGGGUGCAAUGGGAUAUCCAGGUCCUCCUGGGGUUCCGGGACCAACGGGUGCCCUGGGACUACCUGGUCAUGUGGGCGCAAGAGGACCACCUGGGAUUCCAGGUCCUAAAGGACGAAGAGGACCAAGAGGACCAGAUGGUCCCUUAGGAGAACAGGGUAUACAAGGUACCAAGGGUGAAACCGGAGAUCAAGGAGAAAGAGGGACUCGUGGUCUUACUGGUAAGACUGGAAACCCUGGAGAGAGAGGAGUUCAAGGAAAACCAGGUUUACAAGGACCCCCAGGGAGUACUGGAGACAGGGGACUUACAGGAGAACCGGGACCACGAGGACCACAAGGUGAUGCUGGACCUCCUGGAGAAAUGGGUGCUGAGGGACCACCAGGUACUGAAGGGGAAUCUGGUCUGCAAGGCGAGCCAGGCACAAAGGGAGAUGUUGGACCUGUGGGCAGUGUCGGAGCUGCUGGGGAGCCAGGGUUACGGGGUGAACCAGGAGCUCCUGGAGAAGAAGGUCUCCAGGGUAAAGAUGGAUCGAAGGGGAACCCAGGAGGAAGGGGACUUCCUGGAGAGGAUGGAGAAAAAGGAGAGACAGGCUUACCAGGGACCACAGGGCCUUUGGGUGGACCAGGUCUGAUGGGCCCUCCGGGACCUGAAGGAAUUACGGGAAUUCCAGGACAAAGAGGUCGUCCAGGAAAGAAGGGUGAUAAAGGACAAAUGGGGCCUGCAGGAGAAAUUGGAAGCAGAGGUGCUCCUGGACAAAUUGGGGAAAGUGGUCUUAAGGGUGCCAGAGGAACUAGAGGUGCUGUGGGACAUUUAGGAUUGAUGGGACCUGCUGGAGAGCCUGGAAUUCUAGGAUAUAGGGGCCAUGAAGGUCAACCGGGACUUUCUGGGUUGCCAGGACCUAAAGGAGAAAAGGGUUAUCCAGGAGAAGAUAAUACAAUCCUAGGACCACCUGGGCCUCGGGGUGAACCAGGUCCAAUGGGAGAACAAGGAGAGAGAGGAGAGCCUGGAGCAGAGGGAUAUAAGGGCCAUGUGGGUAUACCAGGACCAAGAGGUGCCACUGGACAGCAAGGGCCCCCAGGUGAGCCAGGUGACCAGGGUGAACAAGGACUAAGAGGAGAGAGAGGAUCUGAAGGUCCUAAAGGGAAAAAAGGAGCUCCUGGUCCUUCUGGGAAACCUGGGAUUCCUGGACUUCCAGGACUACCUGGGCCAAAAGGCAUGCAAGGAUACCAUGGAGCAGAAGGCAUUUCAGGAAACCCUGGAAAAAUUGGGCUACCAGGAAAACAUGGACUUCCUGGCAUCAGAGGCAGCCCAGGAAGAACAGGACUGACUGGAUCUCUAGGUCCUCAAGGAGCAAAGGGUUCGUCAGGCCCACCAGGAAGCCCAGGAGUUCAAGGUCCAAAGGGUGAACAAGGGCUACCUGGUCAACCCGGAAUUCCAGGUAAAAGAGGUCACCAAGGAGCACAAGGUGAUCAAGGACCAUGUGGGGAGUCUGGCAUGAAAGGGGAACCUGGAGAACAUGGUAUCCAAGGUUUGACGGGUUUCCAAGGAUUCCCAGGUCCCAAAGGUCCCGAUGGAGAUGCUGGCAUUGUUGGAAUAUCAGGUCCUAAAGGCCCUGUUGGACAGAGGGGAAGCACUGGUCCCUUUGGCAGAGAAGGUAUAAUAGGCCCAACAGGUAGAACUGGACCCAGAGGUGAAAAAGGCUUUAGAGGUGAAACUGGUCCCCAAGGACCAAGAGGUCAACCAGGGCCUCCAGGUCCACCUGGAGCACCUGGCCCAAGAAAACAAAUGGAUAUCAAUGCUGCUAUUCAAGCCUUGAUUGAAUCACAUACUGCCCUACAGAUGGAGAGCUACCAGAAUACUGAAGUAACUUUAAUUGACCACAGUGCAGAGAUCUUCAAAACCUUGAACUAUCUUGGCAAUUUACUACACAGCAUCAAGCAUCCUCUUGGCACACGAGAUAAUCCAGCACAGAUCUGCAAAGAUUUGCUUAACUGUGAACACAAAGUAUCAGAUGGAAAAUAUUGGAUUGAUCCAAAUCUUGGAUGCCCUUCAGAUGCCAUUGAGGUUUUCUGCAAUUUCAGUGCUGGUGGUCAGACAUGUUUAUCUCCUAUCUCUGUGACAAAGUUGGAGUUUGGAAUCGGGAAAGUCCAGAUGAACUUCCUUCAUUUACUGAGCUCAGAAGCCACCCAUAUCAUCACCAUUCAUUGUCUAAACACUCCAGUGUGGACAAGUCCUCAGACAAGUGGCUCAGGAUCGACUCUUGGUUUCAAGGGAUGGAAUGGUCAGAUUUUUGAAGAAAACACUCUACUUGAACCUAAAGUGCUUUCAAAUGACUGCAAGAUUCAAGAUGGCAGCUGGCAUAAGGCAAAAUUCCUUUUUCACACCCAGGACCCUAAUCAACUUCCAGUAAUAGAAGUACAAAAACUUCCUCAUCUCAAAACCGAACGGAAGUACUACAUUGAAAGCAGUUUCGUAUGCUUUCUCUAA